AUGUUCGGAGCUUUUUCAUUGAAAGAUGACAAAAAAGUAAUAGAAUAUAGCCUAAAGAACAGUGGAGGAUGGACAUAUGAAGGCUGUAUUCUACCUGGCAAAUAGUUAGCAUUUAUUGGGUCUUUAACUUAUGAUAAUGAAAUGAUAAUAACCCAGUUAGACACAUAAAAUUUAGAUGUUUAAUAUGUAUACUAGAAGUUUAACGAUAUUUCAGGAUAUUUUAAUAGAGAAACAAACUACAUAUCUAUGACAUGUGGAUUUGAUAGAGUUAUUGGGGUGAUUGGACCUCCUCAUUCAAAUGACACUACAUCCAUAGGCAUAUUUGAACUAUCAUAUUCAACAGCUACUAAAACGAUAAAUGUUCAUGUAUUCUAAGGAAGAAUGUAUGAUAUACUUUAUAUUUAACAUAUGGUACUAUUCAAUAAAACUCACGGGGCAUUUAUCUAUGGAGAAAAAAACUAUAAAUUCUGGUUGGGAGGAAGAAUACUUAAUGAUGAUACUAUUGAUGCUUGGUAUAUUGUAAUUCUAGAUAUUACUAAUCCAUAAAGAUUUGAAAUCAAGCUCAACUACAUUUAUAUCAAUCCUUAUAACAAGGUGGCUAUUGAAAAGUUUAAGAUGUAUAAUUCAUAGCUAAUUUUAGGGGGCUAUCUUCAUAACAUUUUAGGUUCAACAACUAAUAAUGCAUUUGUUUCGGAAUUUUUUGAAUCAAAAUAAUCUUGUAAGUACUUGAAUUUCCAUCAGUAUGAAAACGGUGGGACUAUUAAAUAGUAUGAAUUUAAGGAUUUAAUACAACUUUACUAAGGUACAGGCUUAGACUUUAAUGUUUAAGUUUAAAAAAAGAAUGCUAAGAAUAGUCAGGAGUUUUUUACCAUGUACAACGUGCUUGUAAUGAUCAUCCAAAAUUAAGUGCAUCAGUAAAUGCAAGCAACUACUUCAUUUGCUUUACAGAGUUAUUAUGCAAUAUAACUCUUGGCCCCUACUACUUUCCAAAUACUGAUUGCUCGUUCAAUGGUUCAACUAGUGUUUAAAUAUGGUCAAAUAUUUACGAGCAUUCAUCAUGGGCUUGGUAACUAAUAAUAUUCAAGAUAUUUUCUAACUGGAACUCAUUACUUUAAUGUGCCACUAUUCAAAGAUAAGCUGAAUUAUAAUUGCCAAAAGAGUUAUUUUAUUAUGUCUGUCAUUAAUGAAUAUGGAUAUGUCCUUGAUAAAAGUGAGUACAAUGAUUGGAUUGGAGGUAAUGUAUCAUAUGACUCUUUAAAUGUAACCACUAAGUUUCAAAUUUAGUUGAAAACUAAUUCUAUCCCAGGAUCAAUGCUAGGAAUAUAUACGAUUUCUGUAUUAGGGUAUAACUAUACAAGUGCUGUUGCUAAUUAUACAAUUAAGAUAGUAGAAAAAGGUAGAGCAAAUUCUGCACCAUACUUUGCUAUGCCACUUUAGAAUAUUGAAAUGUACCCUUUAGAAAAUAAAUAAUACACUUUACCUGAUAUAAUUGAUAAUCAAUAAGAUGAAUAUGAUUCUGAAUACAUCAAAGGAGAAGAAUUUUAGUUUGUUAAGUAGGAAGGGAGAACUUUCUUUUUUUAUCCACUUGUUGAUCAUGUUAAAAGUUACACAAUAUAAAUAAAACUAACUGACAAGAAUUAUAACCAGAAAUAAAAAACAUUCCAAUUUAGAGUAACAAUCCGUCCUCCUAAAGGAUCGACUCUAUCAGUUAUAAAACAAUGGUAGUCAAAUUCUAGUGAAUUGCUUACUGCUAAAAUAAUCAAGAUCAAUCAAACAGGUGCAAUGAAGAUCUAAUUUUCAAAAAAGAUUUUCAAUAAUGUUAAUAUUUCUUACUUAAGCUCAGAUUUCAAUAGGACUAAUUAAUCAGCCUUGGACUACUACUAUGACAUUAUCAAAAUUAAAGUUAAGUUUUCAUAAUCUUAAGAUGAAGAGCCUGUCAGAUUUUAUAUAACAUCAUUAAAUGGUGAUAUCAUGACUGUUCAAUUGAUAUUUAAAGAUAUUAAAGAAAUAUCUAAAACUUCAGUAAAUUUAGAUGGCUAUAAUUAUUUCAUAGAACAAAGAUGA